GAGUCGCAGGUGCCGCGGCGUCGGGGGAAGCAGCAGCCGGCGCGCAGUGCGAGGGCGCGGCAGCCGAGCGAGGUCCACCAUGCAGUCUUGCGUCCAGUGGUGGGGGCGGCUGGUGGGCCGGGGGGCCAGCCUGCACGGACCCCACGGCGGAGCCUUGGGGGGAAAGAAGACGCCCGGCCGAUGGGGAGGGCGCCGGGAGCAGCAGAGGCUGGCUGGGGUGAGGAGGAGCAGCAGCAGCGCCGUCGGGGAAAGCAGCGCAGCCGCCGCCGCUGCUCCAAGCACCUCGAGGCGCAUCGAGAGACUCCUGCCCAGGCACGAUGACUUCUCCGAGAGGCACAUCGGCCCGGGGGACAAAGAGAAGCGAGAGAUGCUGCAGACCGUGGGGCUGUCGAGUAUUGACGAGUUGAUCGAUAAAACCAUUCCUGGCAAUAUCCGCUUGCAACGGCCUCUGAAGAUGGAUGACCAUAUUUGUGAGAAUGAAAUUCUUGAAACUUUACACGGUAUUGCCAGCAAGAACAAGAUCUGGAGAUCGUAUAUUGGCAUGGGUUAUUACAACUGUUCAGUCCCUCAGGCCAUUGUGAGGAAUAUGCUGGAGAACGCAGGAUGGGUUACCCAGUACACCCCUUACCAGCCAGAGGUAUCUCAAGGCAGGCUGGAGAGUUUAUUAAAUUACCAAACAAUGGUGUGUGACCUCACAGGAAUGGACGUGUCAAAUGCAUCUUUGCUAGAUGAAGGAACUGCUGCAGCCGAAGCGAUGCAGUUGUGCCACAGGCAUAAUAAGCGGAGGAAGUUUUAUGUCGACAUCCGAUGUCAUCCUCAGACGAUAGCAGUGGUGCAGACCAGAGCAAAUUACACUGGCAUUAUUGUUGAGUUGAAGUUGCCCCAUGAAAUGGACUUCAGUGGCAAAGAUGUCAGCGGCGUUUUGUUCCAGUACCCAGAUACCGAGGGGAAGGUGGAAGACUUCACUGCAUUUGUUGAUCAAGCCCAUCAGAAUGGGACCUUAGUCUGCUGUGCUACUGACCUGCUAGCUCUGUGCAUCUUGAGACCUCCAGGAGAGUUUGGAGUUGAUGUCGCUCUGGGCAACUCCCAGAGGUUUGGGGUUCCUCUUUGUUACGGUGGGCCACACGCAGCCUUUUUUGCUGUCAAGGAGAACCUGGUGCGAAUGAUGCCUGGAAGAAUGGUAGGAGUUACAAGGGAUGCUAAUGGAAAAGAAGUGUAUCGACUUGCAUUGCAAACCAGAGAACAGCAUAUAAGAAGGGAUAAAGCUACAAGCAACAUAUGCACUGCGCAGGCACUUCUGGCUAAUAUGGCUGCCAUGUUUGGAGUCUAUCACGGCGCUAACGGACUAAAGCACAUUGCCAGGAGGGUGCAUAAUGCCACUCUCAUCUUAGCUGAAGGUCUGAAGAGAGCUGGUCAUAAACUGCAACAUGACCUAUUUUUUGAUACCUUGAAAAUCCAGUGUGGAUGUGGCGUCCAAGAAGUCUUGCUCCGAGCAGCCCAGAGGCAGAUAAACCUCCGGAUUUACAAUGAUGGUACACUUGGAGUAUCUCUUGAUGAAACUGUAACUGAGAAAGACCUGGAUGACUUGCUAUGGAUCUUUGGUUGUGAAUCUUCCGCUGAACUGGUUGCAGAGAGCAUGGAUGGAGAAACAAGAGGUAUUUUUGGCACUGCAUUUAAGAGAACAUCGAAAUUCCUAACACAUCAGGUAUUCAACAGCUAUCACUCUGAAACAAAUAUUGUCCGGUAUAUGAAGAGAUUAGAAAACAAAGAUAUUUCUCUAGUUCACAGCAUGAUUCCUUUGGGAUCCUGUACAAUGAAGUUGAAUAGUUCAUCAGAACUUACACCUAUUACGUGGAAAGAAUUUGCCAAUAUCCACCCCUUUGUACCUCUAGAUCAGGCUCAAGGAUAUCAGCAGCUUUUCAGGGAGCUUGAGAAGGAUCUGUGUGAGAUAACAGGCUAUGACAGAAUUUCUUUUCAACCAAACAGUGGAGCUCAAGGUGAAUAUGCUGGACUUGCUGCAAUCAAGUCUUAUUUAAAUUCAAAAGGAGAAUGGCACAGAAGUGUUUGUCUCAUUCCUAAAUCUGCCCAUGGCACUAACCCAGCCAGUGCUCAGAUGGCAGGAAUGAAGAUUCAGCCAGUAGAAGUGGAUAAAAAUGGAAGCAUUGAUAUCGUUCAUCUUAAGGCUAUGGUGGAUAAACACAAGGAUAACCUGGCAGCUAUCAUGAUCACAUACCCAUCGACUAAUGGUGUCUUUGAAGAGGAUAUCAGUGAUGUCUGUGACUUGAUUCACAAACAUGGAGCCCAGGUUUACCUAGAUGGAGCAAACAUGAAUGCUCAGGUUGGUCUGUGCCGUCCUGGAGACUAUGGGUCAGAUGUCUCUCAUUUAAAUCUCCACAAAACCUUCUGCAUUCCUCAUGGGGGAGGAGGACCUGGAAUGGGACCAAUUGGAGUGAAGAAGCAUUUGGCUCCUUUCCUGCCUAGCCACCCUGUCAUUGCAUUGCAGCACGAUAAGGAUUCCAGCCCACUGGGAACCAUCAGUGCUGCUCCUUGGGGGUCCAGUGCUAUAUUGCCUAUUUCCUGGGCUUAUAUCAAGAUGAUGGGAGGAAAAGGUCUAAAGCAUGCAUCAGAGAUUGCAAUAUUAAAUGCUAACUACAUGGCAAAGAGGCUAGAGAAGCACUACAAAGUCCUUUUUAAAGGAGCCAGAGGUUAUGUAGCUCAUGAAUUUAUUUUGGACACCCGACCUUUCAAGAAGACAGCAAAUAUUGACGCUGUGGAUGUCGCUAAACGACUUCAGGAUUAUGGAUUCCACGCUCCAACAAUGUCCUGGCCAGUGGCAGGUACUCUGAUGAUUGAACCAACAGAGUCUGAAGACAAGGCAGAGCUAGACAGAUUUUGUGAUGCAAUGAUCAACAUUCGACAAGAAAUUGCUGAUAUAGAGGAAGGAAGAAUGGAUUCUCGAGUUAACCCAUUAAAGAUGUCCCCACAUACCUUGACCUGCAUUGCUGCUCCUAAUUGGGAUCGUCCUUACUCCAGAGAAGUAGCUGUUUUUCCGUUGCCAUUUGUAAGACCUGAAAAUAAAUUCUGGCCCACAAUUGCUCGAAUCGACGACAUCUAUGGAGAUCAACACCUGGUUUGUACCUGCCCACCAAUGGAAGUCUACGAGUCUCCUUUUGCUGAACAGAAGAGAGCAUCAUCUUAGGGUCAGUCUCCCCUCGCCUUACCCUGUUCCUUUUAAGGUGACCAGGCUUGACCUCCCUUGCUACGCUUCAGGAAGGAUGGACUCUUCGGCCCAGUGAACCAUUUUUUUUAUACGGUGUAUAUUUUUGUAAUCUCCAUACUGUUGAUUAAAUUUCUGUGCAGCUAUGUAAAUAUACUUUAGGUGGAAACAAACUGACUUGAUGCAGUGCCUCAGUUUCCACAGCAGUUCAUGCUGAAGUGGCCUUGAUUUAACACUCUUUGAUCAAUUCAGGACGAAGGCUGCUUUUCUGUGUUGAGGAGCGCUAAACAUAGAACGGUAUGUGUAAAAAUAGAACCCUGACCAUACUUCUGUGAUAGAGAACAAUCCCAGUUUAUUUUGAAUGGCGUCUAUACUGUGGGAUUCUUUUUUGGGCUCAGGGUGUUUGGUGGCUAAAAUUAUAGUCAUUAUUCACUUUGUAUGAACUGAAAGACAGAGACCACAAUAUGCUGAAACAAAGGAAAGAAAGCUCUGUACCUCACUUUGUAUUAGAUUGUGGCUAUAUACUUUUGUAGUUUGUAUUAAUUAAAUUUAUAUAUUGCUUCUAGUGUUGAUCAUGUCAUUUAAGGAACUCUUUUUCUUUUUUAAACUCCUAUGGUAGCAUUCCAAUAAAAUCUAGAAGUUGUAAUAGCUUUUGAAACCUGAUUUCAAAGUCUGAUUAAAAACAAGAUUUUCUGAAAGAGUGUGGUAUUUUGUUAUGUGCUUUUGUGAAGUAUUUAUUGUGGGUUGUAUUCUAUGCUUGCAUGAUCUUGAAGGGGUGCUUCUACAAUGCAUUGUGUUCUGCGCCCAAGAUACAGUGGUGCCUCGACUUACGAAUUUAAUCUGUUCCGAAGGCACCUUCGUAAGUCGAAAAACGCCAUUGGAAAGCAUUGAAAACGGAAAAAUCCGUAAGUCGAAGCAACCCUAUCUAAAACUGCCAUGUUUUUUGGGGGGAUGUCGAUACCUUCGUAAGCGUGCGGCCAUUACCCCCAUUCGUAAGUCGAAAAAUUCGGUUGUCGAGGUACCACUGUACCAGGUGAGGCUUGAGGUAGUGAAUUUGCGUAUCCCCCCCCCUUGAGAUAGCAUUGUGUAAAAACCCAGUGAGUUGGGCUUUCUACAAACAAAAAAUGUAGAAGGCCAACUUCUCCACAAAACUAAGGUCUUUUAAAAAUGCUUUGUAUAAUAUAGCUUUCUAAUGCAAAUUGCCCAAAGACAUUAAAGCCGAGACCAAACAAUAGACAUUCAGCCAUCUUCCAGGAAACACUGUCUUAUGGCGGCAAAAUACAAACCGUAACACUUUAUGAAUCAUAAAAUAUUUAAUAAGGUAUAUUGGGGAAGAGGAAUAUACUGUAUAUAAAAUUUCAGAUCACAAUAUGAAGCGAUUUGAGCCCUCUCCAAGCUAGCACUGCUCUCAAUGCUGUGUAAGAUGUAUUGCCACUGAUACAAGACCUACUAAAAGCAUACAGUUUUACCUAAUACAAAAGUGGCUUGUUUCAUAUGAAAUAGUUUUUACACAACUAGAGUGUUUUGAAUACCCUCUUUAAGUGCAAAAAACACAAAUCACUUUACAUUAACAGCAACAAUGCAUUCAUAUUGUUCUCAGUCAUUAGUAGUCAACUUGCAUAAGAUACAAGAGCACAAUGACGCUCACAAAAAUAGACUAAAAGCCUGUUCUUGCAAAAGAAAUUAAGAAAAACAGCAUAAUGGCAGGAAAUGCACACGCACAAAAAGAUUAUGCACACCACAGAAUUUGAUGUUCUGUAAUUAAAAACUGGCUUAAGUGCUGUUUUCUUGUUGUAAAAUCAAACUGCAUGGACCAGGCAAACUAAUAGCCAGGAGGCAGUGUGUAGCUGAACUUCAUCUGACGUGCUCUUAAAAUUCCCCACAAUUUGUUUUCCUCCAUCCGAGGUAGUUACAAAAAAACAAACAAGCAUCCACUGUUGUGGCCAGUCAGAGCCGAGGCUUGUAUUCCCGCCCCCUUAUCUGUCCAAAACUACCUUCAGUGUUGAAAGUCAGCUGAGAAUGUGAAGUUCUCACUACACAAAAAAGAUUGCAAAAUGGGAAAGAAGGUUGAGUUAGCUGCUCCACAAUGUGACAGUCAUGUGAACUGCGCUCAAGCCAGCUGGUCCACUUUUGAAUUUUCCUGGUUUCUUCUCUUUGUACAGUCUGUAAGUCAUUAAGAGAAGUAUACUGAGAACCGAACUCAUAUCAUCGUCCUUUGCUGUAACCAGGGAAGAACUGGUCAAGUAGUGUCUGCAGGAUUUUGUUGGGAACCAUGGUGUAACCCUUUCCAAGGUCGUGUCGGCAAGCAGGGCAGGUGAAGACUUCAGCUCUAAAGGAGCGCUGCAAACAGCUCUAGGUUACAGAACGAUAAGGAAUAUGUUUAGGACACAACUUAAAAUAUGGUUCACAAGAAAAUGAUACAUCAGCUAAAUGCCAAAAAUAGACCUCUAGACUUUCUGCAUUUACAGAAAGCCUUUUCCUGAGAUUACAUAAAUUGACAUAAACAUAACAGGGCUACCAAAAUAUGCUACAUAAAUAUACCAGUUACAUUAUGAGGGUGGUACUGUGCUAUUUUUCUGCAUAAAGGUAGUCCAUCAUACAUUAUAAAUGGAUUCUGUUUACACAUUUGCAAAAUCAGUAGCACUACUGUAUAUUGAGCCCUACCCUAAUUUGUUGUGCAGCCUGGUUCAGAUAGAAGUCGAUCACAGUUUUAUGCAAGCAAGGAGAGUAUCGGAAGUAUUCAUUUGGAAGUUUUUAAACUAACCAUAGUUCUCUGUGACAUCAUACACAAAAGUGUCUUGUGCAAAGAACAGUCUAAAUCACAACCUUCAGUAUAACUAAACUAACUUUUACACAAAUGCUGUGAAUGGCUCUACAUUUGUUACAGGCAAAGCUAUGCUCUCAUGAUUUUUAAAAAAGCCUACAAGUACUUUCUAAAACCAGGAGCUAUGGCACAUAGAAUAACAUUCCCAGGUGCUCUUUCCUUUGCAGACAAAAAUCUUGGCUACUACAAGCAAUCAAAUACCAGGUGCUCAGUAGCGGUCUUUUUUGCAAAUGUGCCCAGUUUAACAAUGAAAUCUAGGUUAGUGAGUGGGGUCAGGAUGUGGAAUUGCGUGGUCUUUCCCCCCAUAAUGUGUGAAAAUUCUCCUUUGCUUGUUCUCAGUGUUUGUUGCAUUCAUCCUUUACCAGCCCUGGUUAAAAUGAAUCCCAGUCCUCUCCUAAACUCACUUUGGCAGCCCUAAUUAACAAUGGGGUUUUAACAUUACUUUAGGCAUACACCUGGAUGGGAAGGAGAAUUAGUGCAGCAGGAGACAGGCACAGGUUUGGGAGUACAUUUCCCUUACACACUGGCUCAUUGGAAAGUGUGAUCUGGGCCUGUUUACAUAUGCAAUUGUUUUAUAUUUGUUUUUAUUGUACUGUGAAAUCACUUUGAGAAGCGAAAUAGGAAGCAAUUCAUAAAUGAUGUUGGUGGUUUUGUCAUCUUCUCAUAGAGCUCAAAGAUGAGGGAAAUGUACCCUGCGUUGGAUCAAAAAGGCACUUCUCCUUGUUCCUUCUAGUAUUCUACAGCGUAAACUGAUUUUGUGAAUGUGACCUCUACCAACAUUUAAGAGUUGUUUAUAUGCCCCCCCAAAACCAAGUCAAAAUUAUGAACAUUAGGAUAAAUAUUACAAGGCAAAAUUCAGCCAAAGUCACCUUGAUUUCAAUGGAAGAGAUAAGAAUGUGCUUAAAUCUCUGCCCAUGAGGACUUUGAAACAGAUCCAGCCUAUGUUCGGGAAAAGUAAUUGAUAUCCUUCAACUAAUUCGUUCAGUCAAAAUGAAAAAUAACUCAUCUCGUUUUUAGUUGCAAUGUAAAAUUGUGCCAGUUCAGGGGUGGGCAGACUUCAGGCUUGUGUGGUCUACUUUGUCCUCCUUUCUCCAAGCUACCACUUUUCAGGGCUGCAGCUGAUGAACUUGGAAAUUCCAGGCAGACAUAUGCUGAAAAGUGUCUUGUUCUUUAAUUAUAAGUAUCUUAGUCCAGGAAUUUGUUUUCUGUAUCCCAACCCCCAACAUUACUUCAGUAGCCAAUAUGCAGAAAAAAGUUGCUGCUACUAUUAAACGGCCGGGAGUCAGAAGCCACUGAUUAUCUAAUGCUAAUUACUCAAGGAUCUACCAGUAUAUCCCAAUCUACUUUCUGCUAACCCCUGGUCUUGUACCUCUUUCAAGGAAGGGACAAAGCGAGUUCAAAAUGCUGGUGACUUGCUUUCCAACAGAACCAGGACCAAUGGUUCCAAGAUCAAGAGGAAACAUCACUACGGUACUACUUACUUUACAGACAUUGUGGAGGCACUCUGUGGUCACCGGUUGGUAUACCAGCUCCUGGCAGCAGACACACAUAAAAGAUUGUUCCAGA